GGCGGCGUCGCGUGGCUCUAAUCAACGACUCUCAUGGAAUAUUGCUCAGUGCAAAAAACCGAGCGCACGGGUUACGCAACUGACGUCUCGCCCUCCCGUCGCGAUGCCUCUCGUCGUUGUCACGGGCGCCACGAGGCCUCCUCCGGCAGGGACGACAUCGCGGUCGACGCAUCAGGUGGCCUGCAGGCACAGAGGCAGAACGGGCCUUUUCCUGCACGUCGCCACCAUCCUGCUGCUGUCGCUGUGCUGUGCGCAGUCGCUGACCCAGGGCCCCAAGCGGCAAGCGGCGGUGGCGGCUGCGGCCAGACCCCCGGGGGACCUGCCCUCGCCGCGCAAAGAGCGUCCCAACAGCUCGGCGGGACGAGCGCCCAAGGACGAGGUGCUGGCCUCCAGCCAGGACGCCCUCGUGGUAACGGAGCGCCGCUACCUGAAGAGCGACUGGUGCAAGACGCAGCCGCUGCGGCAGACCGUGAGCGAGGAGGGCUGCAACAGCCGCACGGUCAUCAACCGCUUCUGCUACGGCCAGUGCAACUCGUUCUACAUCCCGCGGGGCGCGGCAGGCCCCCUCGGCGCGCACGCCUUCCAGUCGUGCGCCUUCUGCAAGCCGCAGCAGGUCGGCACGCUCGCAGUGGCGCUGGACUGCCCGGGCCGCCAGCCCGCCGUGACGCGCAAGCUGGUGCCGCGCAUCAAGCGGUGCCGCUGCAUGUCCGUAAGCGUCGGAGACUGAGCUCCGUUGCGUUUCGCUUUUGCCGCCGCUCGGCCCGGUCUUGCUUGCAAGAGACGCCGGGAGAAGGCGACGAUGGACUUUCGUGGUUGUCGGGCAGUGAAAUGGCCAGUGUUACGUUUUCUUAAAAAUAUUCAGCUGUUUUUAUUUCAGGCAAUUAUGGCUGUGAGUGGAUGAAAAUGACUGCGACUGCCCACCGAGAUUAUUACGGGAAUCUUAACGAAGUCUGAAUGAAAAUGCAGUCUAAGGUAAUUUAGUUAAGUUCUUAGAGACAGCAGUGAACCGAGGAAGAUCAAAGUAAGUAAUUUUCUAUACCUUAGAUGUAUAUACAAGAUGUUACCCAGUUCACCGAUUGGCUCAGCUGAUAGUAUUAAGGGAAGGGGGUCAGAUUGCUUGCCCCUUUACACCAACAUUUAGCAACUGAGGAAUAUACUACAUUUGACUGCCUACCCACCUUAGUCGACGAGGCUAAGAUUAUAAUUAAAAAGUCUGACUAAACGAACACUAGUUUCGGCUGUAUGUUUAUUGAUGUUCCAAAAUUGCUUUAUGUUCAGGUGAAAGUCACCCAGUUAAAACUUAAAGUUUUUAUUUUUAUUUUACCAGGUAAUGCCCACUGAGCUAUAGCUCGUUUUCAGAACUGGCCACAAAUGACAGCUAAACGAAGUGGCUUAUCACGUGGGCAAUUUAAUGCAGCCAAAUACCCUAAACACGCGUCGAUUCUAAAUGUGGAGGGAAUAACUGGAGAACCCGAGGAAAUGUCACAGUCGGAAUCAAACCCACGACAUGCUGUAUACCAGGCGAGGUAGUUAACAUCUCAUCACCAUGGCGCCCCAAUUGUUGUUGUUGUCUGGAGUAAUAAAAAAGAGAAAUGCCCGCGCGUGCACGGUGGAAGAAUUACCGACGGCCGCGUGUAAACAAUGAACAAGCCUCGGCUAUUUAUCUAGCCUACUCCUGGGGUUUUUUUUUAAGUAUGUUGCUACAAUUAAAACACUUAAACCUGGAAAAUAUCGGAUCAAUAGCGCAUCAAAGAGGGGCACGCGGUUGGAAUAAUAAACACGACCCUCUUGGGAGUGAUCCCUUCCUUGAACCACUUCAGCUCCGUGCGAUCAACUCCACUCAACACGACUGCCGUUGAAUACCCCUCCAGGAAUUCAUAAUUUCCGAUUGGUUUCCAUCCGAUGGGUAGCGUUCGAGACGUUUUUCAAGCCAAGGGGUCUUAGUGUGUUGUGUGUCAAAUGCUUAAAACUGAUACGAAAGAGGUUGAAUUAUUGUUUCCGAGGUUCCCUAUGGUGUGUGUUUCUGUACGUCUGUCACAGAGGUGGUUCUCAAUCACAAUAUAACCCAAGGUUUUUUGCAAAAUCAAUAAGUAACUCAAAUGUUCAGAUUUUUUUAAAGCAAAAAUGUGACAUUGGCUAUUUUCCGUGCUUUACCGAACACAACAGUGAACUUUAAUAAAAACAAGUUCAUGCAAUUUCAAGAUGUUAUUUCAUGUAGAACUAACCUAUUCUCCAGAACAUUAAGCACCCCCAACUUUUGCUGAAAAAUACUGGGGGGGUGUGGGGGAGGGAAAGCAAUAAUAUUUUAAUACGUCACAAUAGAAAUUGCUUUAAUUGUGCCAUUAUCGGACACAUUUGAUUUUGCGCGGUAGAUAUGAAAAAGUAUAUUAUUAUUAUUAAGAAGAAUAAGAAAAGCCUAUUGUGUGUUAAGCAAUGUGCAUUGCAUAUUAUGAGUAUAUAGUCUU